CCCCAAACCAGCAUCAAAAUGGGUAGACCGCGCCACUUCGCAGGGGUCGAGAGCUCGGAACAGCUGGCCUUCAUCGAUGAGCUGCAGGCGCUCGGGCUAAGUAGUACCAUCAACCUACCCGAGCUCGUGGUGGUAGGUGACCAAAGCGCGGGCAAGAGCUCGGUGCUCCAAGCUAUCACAGAGGUCUCCUUUCCAGUGAAAGACGGGACUUGCACUCGGUUCCCCAUCCAGAUAUCUUUCCGCCAAUCUUCCGCUGCGAGGAAAUUCCCGAUCAAGGCCACGAUCGUGCCGGGUGGACAGUCCGAGAAUGACGGGGCAUUGUUGGCUCGCAUUAAGGACUUUUCAGUCGAGAAGGAGGAGCUGACGACCGAUGUCAUAAAAGAGAUUAUCGAUAAGGCAACCGAAUGUAUUUUUGGCGCGGAUCAGCCGGUAAAGAGGGUGAGUCUGAGCGACGCGACACUGCGCAUUGAGCGGGUGGGCCCAGACGAGAUGCAUUGGACCAUCAUCGAUCUUCCGGGACUCAUACGUGGCGACAAGAAGAAACAGAAGGGGCAUGUCUUGAAAGGCGCAAAUGGUGACGGUCCGCAAGAUACGUCAAUGCGGAUGAAUGCAGCUGUUGCAUCGGACCUGGCACGCAGGUACCUAGCGAACGACCGGAACAUCGUCUUGGUUGUCAUUGAUGAUGUGGAUGUGGAGCGUCUCCGGAUCUUCGAACUGAUGGAGGAGAUUCCAGGCCUUGAAGAGCGGUGUAUUGGCGUGCUGAACAAGUGUGAUCGCAAACAAGAAGGUUCGGAUGAAUGGAUGGUCAAACUCCUUCGGAACGAUCUCUCUACUGUUCCUCAUCUCGAUCACGGGUGGUUCGGAUUGCGAAGCAGAAUCCCUAACGAAGCCCACAUCACCGACGCAGAGCGGGACGAACGAGAAAGUGCCGAAUUCAUGAAGAAAGACUGGCAAGAAGUCGCGAAAGACCGCACAGGAAUACAAGCGCUGAUGCAAUAUGUCGACAAAGAACGACGAGCGCAGAUCCAGUCUAGUAUCCCGCACAUUAUAGCGGAAAUUCGUCAGAAGCUUCGGGAAUGCAAUUCAGAUCUGAGCCGCAUGGGUGAAGCUCGAGAUAGCCCGAAAGCCCAGCGGUUCUUUGCCUUCCAGUUUUGCAAUGAGAUGCAGCACAUGGCAGAGGCAACGCUUAAAGGUCAGUAUCAGGUUGUGCCUUCCGAGGACCCGAGGAUCAUGCUACGAUACGAAAUACAACUUCGCCUAGAUCAAUUCCAUAAGGAGAUGGCGGAUAAAACAACCAUGCAGCAUCGGUUCUUCGACUAUGAGCAAGAGCUGAUAGCCAUCAGCUCUAAAGACCCAAAGAAGUGGGACGAACUCAUGAGUAAUUCUUCCGGUGGUCUAUACGCUGAAAUAUACAAGGAAGCCAAGAUCAGCGAAGGGCGCAACCUUCCCGGUACUGUGCAUCCAGACGUGGAGGAGAAAAUCUUCCGCAAGCAAUCUGCCCAUUGGGGAGGCAUUGCCAGCCGGUUUGUCGAUGAUGUGAAAGAUCUGGUUAAGAACUGCCAUGAUGUUCUGAUCCGCAUUGCCAUCCCCAACAGCAAAGUGCGAUUGGAGGUCAGUCGCAUAAUGGCUAAGGAACUAGAAGAGUGGCAUAAACAUGCAGACACGGCUCUUUCCGAACUAUUGGAGGAUAAUCAAGCUAGACCGCUAGUAACUCACAACCCGAAGUUUCUGGCAGACACGCUCGAUGCGGAUCAGAAUCGAGGCAAAAUUCUUCUUGGGAAAAUGUCAUCCAAAGGAUCAUCCACAGAGCAUGAUCAGAAUGGCGAUGUCAAGCACAGCGGCAAGGGUAAUGGCGACCAUUCUCGCUUUAUCUCCACGAAUCUCAGCCAGGUGUUACUUGUCCGUGCUAGGCUGGAGUCAUACUAUAAUAUUGCUUUGUAUCGCUUUAUUGACAAUGUGGCGAUGCAGGUGGUGGAGCGACAUAUCCUAGGACCGAGAUGUCCCAUGCUCGCCGUGUCUGUUGAGAAAUUUGCUAGGUUAGAGGAUGAAGAGAUCGGCGCUAUAGCCGGAGAAGAUCAAUCCGAUGCGAGAAUGCGAGCCAGGUUUGAGAGGCUUCAGUCUCGGUAUACCAAAGCGCUCGAGAAGUGGGAGAAGUUGAGGAUACUUUAGAAGUGAUCCCUGGCUGUUUCUAUGGCUGAUCAUCUUCUUCCGCUGCUAUCGCAUCUGUUGACGAACUUCGUCAUGAAGGUGGUGUUGGAGAACUUUGUCGCUCAAGAAUCAUCAAGAACACUAAGGACCAUCGAUCGGAUCGACUAUAAGGUCAAACUUCAUAUUUCCGUGAAAUUGAUAUAGAAUGUGAAUCAACCUUACCUAGGUAUCUACCGCUACCGACAAACAAUA